CCUCAGCCACGCUGCACAGCGUGGAGCCACCUGCAGCUCCCUGCCUGUCCUGGGGCUCAGCAACAGCACCAGGGGUGGUCAGCUGUGGGUAAAGCUGGAUCCAGCCACCUCUGGAGGCGGGCACCGUGAAAACACUGAGAGAAACACUGCUGUGACACACUGGUCUGGCUUCUUGCCCACAGCCCUGGGAGCAGCGCAAGCGAGCAAGUAGCAUCCCGGAGCACGCUGCGGCUCCACACGGCAGCCAGCCCUCAGGAUCGGAGCGGCACAGCCCACACAGGCAGGAGGAUGACUCUGUGGAAUGGCUCCUUCCCCUUCUACCCUGGUGCCAAUCCGUGCUUCCCCUUUGACACCACUGGGGCCGUCAUUGUGUCCAUCUUCCUCUCCAUGUUGGCCACCUUCAUCAUCAUCCUGCCAGGGAUUCGGGGCAGGGGGCGACUCUUCUGGUUCCUGCGGGUGGUGAUGGGUCUCUUCGUGGGAGCAGUGGUCCUCACCAUACAGUUCACCAGGGACUGGGAGACCGGCUGGGUGACAGCAAACACCUCCUACAAGUCCUUCAGCCAUGCCCUGGUAAACGUGGACAUUGGGCUGCACAUUGGCCUGGCAGGGGUGAAUGUCACACUAGUGGGAAACCCAGUGCAUCAGCUCAAUGAGACCAUCAACUACAACGAGCACUUUGCCUGGAGCUUUGAUGCAGACUACGAUCACAGCUAUGAUGAAGGCCUGAAGAAGGGGCUCCCCAGUCCCAUCCUCUACGUGGCGGAGAAGUUCACCUCCCAAAGCCCCUGUGGUGUGCACAGGCAGUACCGCAUCUCCAGCCACUACGCCUCCCUCACACUGUGGAUGGCCUUUUGCACAUGGCUCGUUUCCAUCCUGUUGUUCUCCAUGCCCAUCCUGCUCUAUGGUGGCUACAUGCUUCUGCUCACUGCCGCACUGAUGCUCUUCUCACUGCUCUUCUUCUUCACUGCACGGAGCACUACUAAGUGCCCCAUCCGGUUUGGCACAGCUACCUUGAAAACAGACUAUGGAGGAUCCUUUUGGCUGACAUUAGCAACAGGGCUGCUGUGCCUGCUGCUGGGGCUGGGUGUCAUCAUCUUCAACUCUGUGCAGCCAGAGAAACUGAAGCUUGUCUUUAACCUGGAUGAGAGAAAGGGAGAAGAAGAGGAGGGGUGGGACAAGCCCUACCUGCCUGCUGAGCCCAGCUCCUCUGCACAGGACAUGCUGAUGGUGCCCCUGGGUGAGCUUUGUGAGGUGACAGCCACCCAGCAGUAAGGGUAAAGCCUGAGGACACCCCUUCUGAAUCCACACUCCUGUCCAGCUACACCAGGAGCAUGGCUGGCAAGACAUAUAAGAGCUGGGUGAUGAGAACAUCCAAGCCAGGACAAGGGUCUCAAAUACGGCAACUUGCCCUCUUUUUUUUUUUUUUUUUGUUUGUUUGUUUUUUGGUUGUUCUUUUUGUUGUUGUUUUUGUUUGUUUUUAUUUUUUGUUGUUUUACUCACCAGCAGCUGGAAGAGGUUUUGGGGUAGAGACAAUCCAUGCCUCAUCCCUGAUUGUCCUGUUACAGGCACUGGGCUACUGCCCUUCCCCUUAGUCCAUCCCCAACAAACCUUAAGAGUCCUAAAGCAGACACUAAACUAGAGAAAACAAGAGAAACCAAAUAGCUGCAGAUGCAUAGAUAUGAAUGAAAGGAGUAGAGCCCGUGCAACAGCACCCCCACCCUGAAGGUCCCCAAGAAGUCCCCUCUGCUCAGGGAUGGUCUUUCCAGCAGCGGCCAGGAGGAGUGAGGGAAGCUAUGCUCACCAGGAUGCCCUUUACCUGGUCUUGGUUGGAGAGCAGUUUGGCAAGGAGGCCACGAUUUAGUACGAUACUGGAGGCUCCAAACCUUGGAGGACUCUUGGAUUUCAGACCCAUACUGACACCCCACAGCUCAAGCUCUAUGCAAGUCCAAGAUGUGCUGGGCUGUACACUGGGCUGGAAGCGGCACAGUCAGGGAGUUGAUAGUUGGCUCCUGCUUCUUACAGUGCUUAUAAACACCCUAAACCACAGCCACCAGCCUGUGAGCAGCCUAUGAAUUGGUGCUCUUGUAACACUCUGAACAGAGGAAAAGAAGUUUCCAUGGGAGGGAAAGAGAGGAGGAGAUGGGAAUGGAGGUGCUGCAGUGCUCCAGGAGUUGCUGUAAUCAGUUAACAAGAGGCGAGCAUCACAUUGAGCCUGGGAGGGAGGGGAGGAAUAAUGUUUCAGGUUUGCACCCCUUUAACUCUGUGCAGGUUUUGCAACAUUUUUGUUUGUUUGGUGUUUGCUCAUUUAUUUUCCC